CCAAACAAACACACACGGCCUGACAAUGAGCGAGACCAAAAAAUUGGGAAAAGACCAGGCAGUAGCAAGCGCCAAGAGGCAGCAACGCGGCGCAUCCACUCGUCACCCAACCCCCCUUCCACCGGAGUCCGCGGCCGCACAACCAGAUGGCCGCCGCCUCGUCCUCUGCCACCGCCUGCUUCCUCUCCCCGUGCCCCCAGCCUCGCCGCCCGCGUCAUUUCCUCAGACAACCCGCGCCCGCCGCGGCCACCAAGCCCGCGCCCGCCGCCUCCCGCUCCCUGGCCCUCCCCUCCUCGCCCUCGCAGCAGUGGCCGUGGCGGCUCGGUGAGCUGGUCCCUGCCGAGGUGGGCCGGCUGCUGUCCUCGGCCGCGGGCUCCCUCAUCGUCGUACUCGCCUCCGCGGCGCUGAUCCUCGGCGACGCCGGUGCGGCCUCCGCGUUCGUGGUGGCCACGCCGCGGAAGCUGCAGGCCGACGAGCUCGCCACCGUGCGCCUCUUCCAGGAGAACACGCCCUCCGUCGUCUACAUCACCAACCUCGCCGUCAGGCAGGAUGCGUUCACGCUCGACGUGCUCGAGGUGCCGCAGGGGUCCGGGUCGGGGUUCGUAUGGGACAAGAGCGGCCAUAUCGUCACCAAUUUCCAUGUCAUCCGUGGCGCGUCGGACCUCAGGGUCACACUUGCUGAUCAGUCAGUGUAUGAAGCGCAAGUUGUUGGAUUUGACCAGGACAAGGAUGUUGCUGUUCUGCGUAUCAAAGCACCAAAGGAUAAACUAAGACCUUUACCAGUUGGCAUGUCAGCAGACUUACUGGUUGGUCAGAAAGUAUAUGCCAUAGGAAACCCAUUUGGCCUUGACCACACUCUUACAACAGGUGUUAUCAGUGGAUUGCGUAGAGAAAUCAGUUCAGCUGCAACAGGACGUCCUAUACAGGAUGUGAUACAGACUGAUGCUGCUAUCAACCCUGGUAACAGUGGUGGCCCACUUCUUGAUAGUUCUGGAACCUUGAUAGGUGUAAAUACUGCUAUAUACUCACCUUCAGGAGCAUCAUCUGGGGUUGGGUUUUCCAUUCCAGUUGAUACGGUUGGGGGCAUUGUAGAUCAGCUCAUAAAAUUUGGGAAAGUGACAAGACCUAUUCUGGGAAUAAAAUUUGCCCCUGAUCAAUCUGUAGAGCAGCUUGGACUAAGUGGAGUGCUUGUCUUGGAUGCUCCACCAAAUGGACCAGCUGGCAAAGCGGGUUUGCAACCAACCAAACGAGAUGCCUAUGGUCGGCUUAUCCUGGGGGAUAUAAUUACCUCUGUGAAUGGUACAAAGGUAACCAAUGGAAGCGACUUGUAUCGGAUAUUGGAUCAGUGUAAAGUUGGGGAAACGGUGACCGUGGAAGUCUUGCGUGGUGAUCAUAGAGAGAAGAUCCCUGUGGUCCUUGAACCAAAGCCAGAUGAAUCAUAGUAAACCAGCUUCUUCUGUAUCAUAUGCGCAGUUGCUCACUUAGGUGCAGAGACACAAAUGUACAAGGCGUUAGCAUCUUCGCCUACCACGGAAUUCGUUGUACAUAAUUCAUGCCUGUAGAUUGUAACUGUCUCUGUUCUGGGGGAGAAGAGUACAAGUUGGCUUAUGUAUUACAUAUAUUGGCUCUGUUUGUUUCUGCUUA